AUGACAUCCUCUGACGACAGCGUACCGCCGAGCACGCCUUCACACGACAAUGGUAUCUUCUCAGACGAGCCAGCGCAAAUAUCAAGCCCGCCAUCAUCACCACCAGGAUUCCCGUGGGAGCAGCAGAAGAACAACACAACCACACCAACAAGACCUGCCAUCAGCGCCUUCUCGGUCUUAGGCAAGCGGAAAGCAUUGGCGGAUAUCGAUGAUAAUAUGCGACCUACGAAGAAGGUCGCUCAGACGGCAGAGAGUAAGCCAUUAAGCCAGAUGCAGAUCAGCCUGGGUCAAAAAGUGCAACAGAAAUGCAAACUGUGCGGUAUGGAGUAUGUCCGGUCAUCAGCAGAAGAUCGCAAGCUCCAUGACAAGCACCAUAAGCAGAGUACUGAAGGAUACGAUGUUGGCAAGGACUUUGUGCAAAAAGCGCCGGUAGGGACGAUCUUUGACGGUGUUGCAAAGGAAGACAGGAUAUUUACAGUGUAUUGCUAUGACACUGCACCGCGGAAGAGGAGGGCACAGGCGGUGCUACAGAUUGCACAGAGGGACUUGGGAGCGGUGCCGAUCUCCGAGGAGGAUGUCUGGGGAUACAAAAAUGAAGACGGUCACGUAGGACGGACGUCGGAACCUCGUUAUAGGGCGUAUAUGUAUAUCCGCAAGACGAAGUGCAUAGGUUUGAUGCUCAUUGAGAGGAUAAAGGAGGCAAGAAGAGUGGUCGAGCGAGACGCAGCUCGGCGGGAGGCGAAGAAGGGAGCAUGUCCUGGUAAUGGCUCCGCUCUUUCGACACUUCAGGCACGCAGACAAGCUGCAGAGAAAGCGGAGCUGGAGGCAGCGAAACAUCCCAUUGAGCUCUCACGAACGAGCGACGGAGCCAAGAUUGGCAUAGCGCGGAUCUGGACGUCACCAACGCACCGCGGACAGGGCAUUGCUGUCGCGUUACUCGAUACUGCGGUCAAGCAUCAUGAUGAGCGAGUAGACAAGAAAGUGGUCGUGCAGGUCGUGGACAGGCAAGGAGAAGUGGUCGCGAAGCAGAAUGACACUGCUGUAUGUUUAACAGACGCGACAUGCGAACCACUGGAGAAAUUGAGGGGAAAAGAGGAUGUGGCGUUCAGUCAACCAACGGCAGCUGGUGCGCGUCUUGCGAGAAAGUGGUUCGGGAAGUUGUAUGGGUGGCAUGUCUACAUCGACUAA